AUGAAGCUCAAACUCAAAAACCCUGACGCCGCUUCCAGCGAUGCGCCCGCAGCGCCUCCCUCAUCCGACGCGCCUGCACCGGCUGCCGCGAAGCCACCCCCAAAGCUCAAGUUCAAAAUCGCGCCGCCUACCCCUAGCGAUCCAGCAGAUUCAGGGAAUGGCGAUGCAACAAAGAUCAAGCGCAAAUACACCAAAAAGCCAAAGGUCGAUGAAAGCGGCAAUGCCAUUCCCCCAGGAAAGCCCGGUCCUAAGAAGAGGGCGCGCGACGAGGGUGAACAUGUUGACUCACCUGCUCUCAAGCGCAAGCCAAAGCCUACUGCGAAGAGUCUUGCCAUGACUAAUGACAGCGACGACGACGAUAACCUCGGAGCCGUCGAGCAGCCGCCCCCUCCACUGAAGACGCACAAUCGCACCCAGUCUAUCAAGUUAUCCAUAAAGCCAAAGGGCAGUCUGAAUGCAAAUACCCCAACCCGAAGUACGGCGAUCCUGAAAGUCAAGGGCGCAGGAAAGCCGCCAGUAAGGCCAUAUGGUGUCGGAUAUGACAGCGAGGCUGAGGAAGCAGAAGCCGAUCCAGCCAUUGAGUCCCAGUUUGUGUUGCGGAUGAAGCCUGGCCCAGACUGCGACCUACUGCGCAAGUCUAUUGAAGAAAAGACAAUCGGGAAGAGCGUAUCACAAGGCGGUCCUGGUGUACACUUUCGCUUUUUUGAUCGCGAGGGCCGCCGCGCCAUGCUUACGAUACAGAACCGCAUGUACGCCGCGACCAUGGUUGAGCUACCUGCUGUCAUUGAAUCUCUGAAGAGCUGGAACAAAAAGGACUGGGUCAAGACUGCGGAUGUCUGCCAGAUGCUCUUAGUCCUCGACGAGGUUAAGAAUGAGGAAGAGGCAAAGAAAUAUCCACUGCCGUCCUACAUCUCCCCAGAUACUCACCGUUUCCCUCAUGGCCUGACACCGCCCAUGAAAUGGGCCCGCAAGCGACGUUUCCGCCCUCGAAAAUCAUACAUCGAUGUCGAGCGAGCCGAAGCGCAGAUGAACCGACUGCUGGCCGAGGACGAAAAUGCAGUGUCUACAAAAUAUGAGAUGAUAGACAGCGAUGCAGAGAGUUCGGAAGAGGAGUCAAGCUCGGAAGAAGAGGCCGACGAGGAAAUGGUUGACGCCUCACAAGCAGAAGAGAUGGACGCCAACGAUCUUGAGCAGAUGCUUGCAGAGGGUCUCAUGGAUGACGAAGUCGAGUUCACUGGCGACAAUGACCAGCUUAAUGCAUUGCUUGCAAACUCGGGCAAUGUCCAAGUCGAGCAAGUCGGUACCCCCACGACCGCUCAUGAUGUCGCCAUGCAUGCUCUUAGCCAUAAUGGCAACAUAACUAUCGAGCCCGAGACUGCGGCCUCGACACCUGCAGCAGCCACUUCUGCCGACGAUGAUGACGACGACGAUGAUGCGGACUCUGACGAGGAUGGCGACGAAGUAGAUGAAGUCGCCGCAGCUGAGGAGCAGCGUCAAGAACAGCUCCGAACUGAAAUCGCAGAGCUGGAGAAGGCCAUUAUUCAGAGUACAGAGCAGCGCGACCGACAAACCAAUGUCCUCUUCAAGAAACGUGUGCAGAAUCAGAUCGACAAGCAGAAGGCAGACCUUGCUAUCAAACGUAAGCAGUUGAACGAGGAAGCGGAUGAAUAA